AUGGGGCGUGGCGGCGGCAGCGGCCUGAGGUGGAGGCAGAGGGCAGCGGGGGGAAGAUGGCUGAGAGUGUCAGUGCCGCGGUGGGAGCGGGCGGCCCGGUACGCAGUGUGCGCCGCUGGGAUCCUGCUCUCCAUCUACGCCUACCACGUGGAGCACGAGAAGGAGCGGGACCCCGAGCACCGGGCCCUCUGCGACCUGGGCCCCUGGGUGAAGUGCUCCGCCGCCCUGACCUCCAGAUGGGGUCGAGGAUUUGGCCUUUUGGGUUCCAUUUUUGGAAAGGAUGGUGUAUUAAACCAGCCAAACAGUGUCUUUGGACUUAUAUUUUAUAUACUACAAUUAUUACUUGGCAUGACGGCCAGCGCAGUCGCCGCCUUGAUCCUCAUGACGUCCUCCAUCGCGUCUGUGGUGGGCUCGCUGUACCUGGCCUACAUUCUGUACUUUGUACUCAAGGAGUUUUGCCUCAUCUGCGUCACCACGUAUGUGCUGAACUUCAUCCUCCUUGUCGUCAACUACAAACGGCUAGUUUACUUGAAUGAGGCCUGGAAGAGGCAGCUGCCGCCGAAGCAGGACUGA